CUUUCAGCCCCCACGAUGCGAAACCAGCACUGGCGGAGCACCUGCCGGGGCCCCAGCGCCAGGGCAGACAGCGUGAUCUCGCUUCAGCUCGCAACCACCCUAGGAGUUGGCCCAUUUGGCGAAACAUUUAUUAAGCGCCAACUGUAUGCCAGCAGCGUGAGGCUCACCAUGUCUGCUCAAGGAGGAGGCCGCGAUCCCCCCAAACCCAAGGGCAAGACGCUGAGCAGCUUCUUCGGGUCCCUGCCUGGCUUCAGCUCUGCCCGGAACCUGGUGGCCAACGCCCAUGGCGCAGCGAAAGAGGCCCAGCCGGUCCCGGAUGCUGCCGGCGCGCCCGCCCCCGAGGCGGCCCAGCCUCCGGCUCAGGCAGCCACCGAGCCGGAGCAGACAGCCAGCGGGGCGAAGCUGCUGCCACCUGCGGACAAGAUGAUGUCUGGGGCGAAGGACCUGGUGUGCUCCAAGAUGACCAAGACCAAGGAUGCCAUCUCGUCCGGGGUGGCCACUGUGGUGGACUCGGCUAAAGGCGUGGUCCAGGGAGGUGUGGGCAUGACCCGAUCUGCACUGACGGGCACCAAGGAGGCUGUGGCCAGCGGGGUCACAGGAGCAGUGGGUGUGGCCAAGGGGGCCGUCCAGACCGGCGUGGACACCACCAAGACCGUCCUCACGGGCACCAAGGAUGCCAUGUCCACUGGGCUCACUGGGGCAGUGAACAUGGCCAAGGGCACUGUCCAGACCGGCAUGGACACCACCAAGACUGUCCUCACAGGCACCAAGGACACAGUGUCCACUGGGCUCACUGGGGCAGUGAACAUGGCCAAGGGCACUGUCCAGACCGGCAUGGACACCACCAAGACUGUCCUCACAGGCACCAAGGACACAGUGUCCACUGGGCUCACUGGGGCCAUGGGUGUGGCCAAGGGGGCCGUCCAGACCGGCGUGGACACCACCAAGACCGUCGUCACGGCCACCAAGGACACAGUGUCCACUGGGCUCACUGGGGCAGUGAACAUGGCCAAGGGCACUGUCCAGACCGGCAUGGACACCACCAAGACUGUCCUCACAGGCACCAAGGACACAGUGUCCACUGGGCUCACUGGGGCCAUGGGUGUGGCCAAGGGGGCCGUCCAGACUGGAGUUGACACCACCAAGACCGUCCUGACGGGCGCCAAGGACACAGUGUCCACUGGGCUCACUGGGGCCAUGGGUGUGGCCAAGGGCGCUGUCCAGACUGGCAUGGACACCACCAAGACCGUCGUCACGGCCACCAAGGACACAGUGUCCACUGGGCUCACAGGGGCAGUGAACAUGGCCAAGGGUACUGUCCAGACCAGCAUGGACACCACCAAGACUGUCCUCACAGGCACCAAAGACGCCAUGUCAACUGGGCUCACUGGGGCCAUGGGUGUGGCCAAGGGGGCCGUCCAGACUGGCAUGGACACCACCAAGACUGUCCUCAUGGGCACCAAGGACACAGUGUCCACUGGGCUCACUGGGGCCAUGGGUGUGGCCAAGGGCGCUGUCCAGACUGGAGUUGACACCACCAAGACCGUCCUGACGGGCGCCAAGGACACAGUGUCCACUGGGCUCACUGGGGCCAUGGGUGUGGCCAAGGGGGCCGUCCAGACUGGCGUGGACACCACCAAGACCAUCCUCACAGGCACCAAGGAUGCCAUGUCCACUGGGCUCACUGGGGCCAUGGGUGUGGCCAAGGGCGCUGUCCAGACUGGAGUUGACACCACCAAGACCGUCCUGACAGGCGCCAAGGACACAGUGUCCACUGGGCUCACUGGGGCCAUGGGUGUGGCCAAGGGGGCCGUCCAGACUGGAGUUGACACCACCAAGACCGUCCUGACAGGUGCCAAGGACACAGUGUCCACUGGGCUCACAGGGGCAGUGAACAUGGCCAAGGGCACUGUCCAGACCGGCAUGGACACCACCAAGACCGUCCUCACAGGCACCAAAGACGCCAUGUCAACUGGGCUCACUGGGGCCAUGGGUGUGGCCAAGGGGGCCGUCCAGACGGGCAUGGACACCACCAAGACCGUCCUCAUAGGCACCCAAGACACAGUGUCCACUGGGCUCACUGGGGCCAUGGGUGUGGCCAAGGGCGCUGUCCAGACUGGAGUUGACACCACCAAGACCGUCCUGACAGGCGCCAAGGACACAGUGUCCACUGGGCUCACUGGGGCCAUGGGUGUGGCCAAGGGGGCCGUCCAGACUGGCAUGGACACCACCAAGACCGUCCUGACAGGCGCCAAGGACACAGUGUCCACUGGGCUCACUGGGGCCAUGGGUGUGGCCAAGGGCGCUGUCCAGACCGGCGUGGACACCACCAAGACUGUCCUCACGGGCACCAAGGACACAGUGUCCACUGGACUCACAGGGGCAGUGAACAUGGCCAAGGGUACUGUCCAGACCGGCAUGGACACCACCAAGACUGUCCUCACAGGCACCAAAGACGCCAUGUCCACUGGGCUCACUGGGGCCAUGGGUGUGGCCAAGGGCGCUGUCCAGACUGGAGUUGACACCACCAAGACCGUCCUGACGGGCGCCAAGGACACAGUGUCCACUGGGCUCACUGGGGCCAUGGGUGUGGCCAAGGGGGCCGUCCAGACCGGCAUGGACACCACCAAGACCGUCGUCACGGCCACCAAGGACACAGUGUCCACUGGGCUCACAGGGGCAGUAAAAAUGGCCAAGGGCACUGUCCAGACCGGCAUGGACACCACCAAGACUGUCCUCACAGGCACCAAAGACGCCAUGUCAACUGGGCUCACUGGGGCCAUGGGUGUGGCCAAGGGCGCUGUCCAGACUGGAGUUGACACCACCAAGACCGUUCUCACAGGCACCAAGGACACAGUGUCCACUGGGCUCACUGGGGCCAUGGGUGUGGCCAAGGGGGCCGUCCAGACUGGCAUGGACACCACCAAGACUGUCCUCAUGGGCACCAAGGACACAGUGUCCACUGGGCUCACAGGGGCAGUGAACAUGGCCAAGGGCACUGUCCAGACCGGCAUGGACACCACCAAGACUGUCCUCACAGGCACCAAAGACGCCAUGUCAACUGGGCUCACUGGGGCCAUGGGUGUGGCCAAGGGGGCCGUCCAGACUGGCGUGGACACCACCAAGACCGUCCUCACAGGCACCAAGGAUGCCAUGUCCACUGGGCUCACUGGGGCCAUGGGUGUGGCCAAGGGGGCCGUCCAGAUGGGCAUGGACACCACCAAGACUGUCCUCACGGGCGCCAAGGACACUGUGUCCACUGGGCUCACUGGGGCCAUGGGUGUGGCCAAGGGGGCCGUCCAGACUGGGAUCAACACCACUAAGACUGUGCUGCCUGGCACCAAGGACACCUUCUGCAGUGGAGUGACCAGUACCGUGAAUGUGGCCAGAGGGGCCGUCCAGGGGGGCCUGGACACUUCAAAGGAUGCCCUGAUUGGCACCAAAGAUGCCAUGUCCGCUGGGCUCCCCAGGGCAGGCAGCGCGGCCAAGGGGGCCAUGGAGACCGGCCUUGGCGCCAUCCAAAAUUGGUUACCUGGUGCCCAGGACCCCGCCUGGGGUGUACUGACCAGUUCCAGGGCCCCAGACAAAGGAGGGGAACAAACUGUUCUCAGCCCCCAACCGGCUGUCUCCUGCGGGGUCUCCAGCCCCCCGGACCCUCUGUGCUCAGGCCUGGACCUUGCCGGGCAAGCCACUGCCGGCACCAAGGGCCCUGUGUCCACUGUGGCGACAUUCCCCGAAGGGGCCACCCUGGGCAGGGAGGCUGCAGGGCACGUGGCCCCCACGGGCAGUCGUGAAGGAGCCACAGGCUUCGCGGUGCUCCGGGACGAGCUGGAGGACCUGGGGGACAUCUUCCAGCCCAUGGACGCCGAGGAGCAAGCUCAGCUGGCUGCCUCCCAGCCCGGGCCGAGGGUGCCCGCGGCCGACCACGGCAGCUACUUCGUGCGUCUGGGUGACCUAGCCCCCGGCUUCCGCCAGCGGGCUUUCGAGCACGCGCUGAGCCACCUGCAGCACGGCCAGUUCCAGGCCAGGGCGGCGCUGGCCCAGCUGGAGGACUCCUUCAGGCUGAUUGAAACGGCCAAGCAGGUUCCAGAAGCGCAGCCGGGGCCAGAGCGGGGUCCGAGCAGCCACGUGGCGGAUGCCAGUGACCGAGAGGCGCUGGCCGCCGGGGCGCUGUCGCGGGCCCGCGGGCUCCUGCAGCAGCUGCACGUGGCCUACAGCGCCCUGGCCGCCGGCCUCCAGGGCCUCCCGGCCGAGCUCCAGCGCCCGGUGGGGGAGGCGCGGCGCAGCCUGUGCGCGCUCUACAGCGUCAUGUCCUCCGCCGGCUCCGUCACCGAGCUGCCGGCUGAGCGCCUGGCGCAGAGCCGCGAGAGCGUUGGGCGGGCGUGGCAGGGGCUGGAGCAGCUGCUGGAGAGCAUGCAGCACAGCCCCCCCCUCGGCUGGCUCGUGGGGCCCUUCGCCCUGCACCCUGGCGGGGAGCCUCUGUAGGUCCCCCCCCACUGCCGAAGCGCCGGACCCUCGGGCUGGUGCAGGAGCGUGCCCGUGAGGGCCCGAGGACCCUCUGAGCCGACCUUGCACGGCUCCGGGUCUGCCUGAGCCGGUGGCCCUUCCUUCCUGAGCACGGGCAAGGCAGGCCCUUCUCCAGGCCCGGGGCCGGGCUGCGGGGGCCGCGGACAGAGGGCCUUCGCCUGAGGACGUCAAGCGAGCACUCCAGUCAGGACGCAGGUGGAACCGUGCCGAGGUCUGGAAGGUGCUCAUUCAGCAAGCUCCCGAGUAGGAGCCCCUUUAUCUUGACGGGGUCACCGCUCCAGUCUGGGUCCUGCAGUGGCCCCGAGCAGGCGGUCCUGCCCUCCAUCCCCGGCCCCCUCGGAAGGCCCAUGCUCCAGCCCUCGGCAGGCCGUGCUCCCUUGACCGGAGUGGACCAGCGUGCCACCGUCAUCCCGAAGCAGGCCCACUGCGUCCGCUGACCCCUGUGCGGCCCAGGGGGCCUCUUGAGGACAAAGCCACAGCAGCCAUCGCCUGGGCUUGGCACUGGCCAGGCUGGAGGACUGGAGUGUUGGGGCGGGGUGACAAAACCAGCGCCUUCCUGCCUUGGCCCCUCGCCCACCUGGCCCGCCCCGCAUGGCCAAUCAGACCCAGACUCCCAGACCUGAUGACCGGUGGUCCCGAGGGGCCUGGCCAGAGGCUGCUGAUGAAGGAACUAAAGGGCUUCCUUAGGGGGCAUGUGGCAAACAGACUCGACUCGAGUUCAGGCCUCAUCCCUCGCCCUGGGCUGGAGACGGGGCCGGGACAGCGCCAGCGGGCCGUGCUGCCCCAGAUGCUCAGGGCAGCCCUGUGAAGUGGGCUGAGCGCGGAGAGGCGGGCCGCAGAGGUCCAGGCCCCCACUCCUGCGCCCCCCGCCCCGGCCCUGUGAAAACAGGAUGCCUGGACACGAGAUGCUCCCGCCGCUGCGUCAGAGCGCCAGCGGCCCAAGCCCAGGCGAGCCCCCCGUCUGGCCGGGUCCCUUACGGAGCCAGGGCCUGAGCGCCUGGACGGAUCGGCUGGCUCUCCCCUCGGCUCCCAGGAGCCACCAGGGGCUCUGCACAGGGCGCCGGGCGUGGGGAGCCACAGGGGUCAGGAAGCCCCCAGAGCCUUGCCGCCCUCAGUCUCUGUCACGCACGGCUGUCAGAGGCGGUGACACGGGAAACACAGCCACUCACAGAAACUGAGCACAGCAACUUGACCUCAGUCCAGCCAAACCACACAGGGCGCCAGGCUCAGGAAGUCCCACGCACACCACGGGCCUCUCUCAGCUGGGACGGAGGGACUCGGCCCCCGGCAGGGCAGGGGACACAGCAGAGGCCGCUAUUCAACCAGUAACUGUCAUGAGCAGGGGCUGGGAGCUGCGCACACGUGCUGAGUCAGCUCUGUGAGGCAGGGGUCAUCCCAUAUCCAGGUGAGAAAAGAGAAGCCCAGAGUGAGAGUGCCACUUGUCCAAGGUCACACAGCAAAGCCAACUCUUAACGCUCAAGCCCUCUGAACAUUAAGGGCAACCAACAGCCGCCAGCACCCAUCCCAGCCUAAAUGGCUUGAAUGCCCUGAGCUGGCACUGCUGGGGACUCUGGGUCCUUCCCUGGGGGUCCCAGAGCCACCUGCAGCCUGGGCAGGAAGAGCAAACGGUGUGUCUGAUGUCCCCUUUACUUCUGGCAAGGUCUCACCCCCCCAGCCCCUUCACGUCAGCCCCGCGGGGCCCGGCCGGGCACACCGUCAGAACCAAGUUCACGUUCGCUGUUCAUGGUGACCCUAUGGCUUAAAACCCUUUGUCCCAAACGGGCCCGAGAGCGGCGAACCGCUCCCCAGCUCCAGCCUGGCCGCACCAGUAACGCUAGAAAGCCAAGCCAAUAAAAGUGAUUUUUUUUUUCAUUAAAAAAACCCUUUAUAGUCAUUUCAUGUCAGUCAGAAAUCACAGAAAUUAGGCAGAAAAAAA